CUUUUUCACUUCCAGAUCUUUCGGAGCAGUUUGCACCUCCUGAAGUCGCUCCACCAAUUCUUAUCAAGAUAGUGGAGAUGAUUGAAAAGAAAGGCCUGGAGUGCUCAACUUUGUAUGGAACACAAGGCUCAAGCAGCUCAGCAGAACUAAGACAAAUCCUUGAAUGUGAUGCUUCUUCGUUGGAUUUAGAGACAUUUGAUGUGCACACUUUAUCAGAUGCUCUCAAGAGGUAUCUCCUGGACCUGCCAAAUCCCAUCAUUCCAGCAGCUGUUUACAGUGACAUGAUUUCUGUAGCCCAAGAAGUGCAGAGCUCAGAGGAGUAUGCUCAGUUGCUGAAGAAACUCAUCAGAUCUCCAAAUAUACCUCCCCAGUAUUGGCUCACACUCCAGUAUUUGCUCAAACAUUUCCUCAGAGUUUGUCAAGCCUCCAGCAGAAAUCUCUUGAAUGCAAGGUCUCUGGCUGAAAUUUUCAGCCCUUUGGUUUUCAAAUUCCAAAUAGCAAGCUCUGAUAAUACUGAACAUCACAUAAAAAUUCUGGAGGUUUUAAUCACAAGUGAAUGGAAUGAGAGACAGCCUGUACCAGCACUGCCUCCUAAGCCACCGAAACCUAACACUGUAACUAACAACGGCAUGAAUAACAACAUGUCACUACAAGAUGCUGAAUGGUACUGGGGAGAUAUCUCAAGAGAAGAAGUAAAUGAGAAACUUCGAGACACUGCUGAUGGUACCUUCUUGGUACGAGAUGCUUCAACCAAAAUGCAUGGGGAUUACACACUUACACUAAGGAAAGGAGGAAAUAACAAAUUAAUCAAAAUAUUUCAUCGAGAUGGAAAAUACGGCUUUUCUGACCCAUUAACUUUCAACUCUGUGGUCGAGCUAAUAAACCACUACCGGAAUGAAUCUCUAGCCCAGUAUAAUCCUAAACUGGAUGUAAAAUUACUGUAUCCAGUAUCUAAGUACCAGCAGGACCAAGUUGUAAAAGAGGAUAGCAUUGAAGCAGUGGGAAAGAAAUUACAUGAAUAUAAUACCCAGUUCCAAGAAAAAAGCCGAGAAUACGACAGACUGUAUGAAGACUACACAAGAACAUCUCAGGAAAUUCAAAUGAAAAGAACAGCUAUUGAAGCAUUUAAUGAAACAAUAAAAAUAUUUGAAGAGCAGUGCCAGACGCAAGAAAGAUACAGUAAGGAAUACAUUGAAAAAUUUAAACGGGAAGGAAAUGAAAAAGAAAUACAAAGAAUUAUGCACAACUAUGAAAAACUGAAGUCGCGAAUAAGUGAAAUUGUGGACAGCAGGCGUAGAUUGGAAGAGGAUUUAAAGAAGCAAGCAGCUGAAUAUAGAGAGAUAGACAAGCGAAUGAACAGCAUUAAGCCAGACCUCAUACAGCUGAGGAAGACAAGAGAUCAGUACUUGAUGUGGCUGACUCAGAAAGGUGUUCGGCAAAAGAAGCUAAAUGAAUGGCUUGGAAAUGAAAAUACCGAAGACCAAUACUCUAUGGUAGAAGAUGAUGAGGACUUACCCCAUCAUGAUGAGAGAACAUGGAAUGUGGGAAAUAUCAAUAGAAGCCAAGCUGAAAAUUUGCUGCGGGGAAAGCGAGAUGGAACAUUCCUUGUUCGAGAGAGCAGCAAACAAGGCUGCUAUGCCUGCUCUGUUGUGGUGGAUGGAGAAGUAAAGCACUGUGUGAUAAACAAAACACCUACUGGGUAUGGAUUUGCAGAGCCAUAUAACUUGUACAACUCGCUCAAAGAACUGGUGCUACAUUAUCAACACACAUCACUCGUGCAGCACAAUGACUCUCUCAAUGUCACACUAGCCUACCCAGUAUAUGCACAGCAGAGGCGAUGAAGAUCCUAAUACUCUGGGUUGUUUGGUUUUUUCUAAAGGAAAGAUCUGACAACAUUGAGGCCUCUGGAGAGAGAAGGCUCCUUUCAGCCUUACUCAAGAAUUUGAGCUGCAGUAUCAAAGCUGUCUGUCGUCAGAUGGGACUAGAGCUUUCCUUCACAACUGCAGUGGGAGAGAUCACAGUAUUAAGCUGUGAACGGACAUAGAGGCCUUUAACCAUGGUGCUUGUUUAUGACCACUUCUGAAGCUUUACCAGCUAGAAUAUUGGAUUCUCCAGACACAAGGUGUAAGAGGUCUUUGUCAUUCGGUUACUGGAAUUUCGUGGUCACAACCUGCCUUGGAUUUGGUGUUGCUGCACUCAGUGGAUCCAGACACACAGCAUUGUGGAUUUUUUGGUUUCUAGUGAAUGAUAUGUAGCAGAAUGGCACUUUCAUUUCUAAGGGACACUUUAAAAGGACUUCAGUUACAGUAUGUUGUUAAGAGUAAUUGUAAUAGCAAAGUGCCAGGAAGUGUUUUGUUUAAACAUUUAAAAAUCCUGUUUUAAGAAUAUAUUUAAGACUGAAGAAAACAGGACUUGCAAUGGCAUACAGUAUAUAAUAAUGUACAUAGUAUUGGAUGACUAACUAUCAUUGAUGGAAACUAUCAAUACCAAACUGCUUCUCUUCUCCCUUUUCUGUUUGCUGAAAGCUGAAUUCUUAGACUGUGCUAUGCAAUACUGAAUUUUCUUUAGGCUGUAGUCUUCUCUCAAGCAUAUCUACAGGUUAAGCUUGUUUUUCUUUCUUGUUUCCUUGUCUUUUUUUUUUCUUUAUUUUGCCUGAGAAUAUUUUUCCUAAUGAUUAUUUUUUGUUAUUCAUUUUAUUGGGGUUUUUUUUUUUUUUUAGAUGUACAGGAAGCCAGCAAGAGUUGGCUUCAGAAUUAAAACUAUGAAAUAUUUUACAAUUUUCUUUGUAUAGAAUAUUGAGCUACUAGCUCAAAGUUUAAAAAAUUCGUAAUUUUUUUUGACUAAAUAUUUUGUUGGGCAGUGCCUGAUAAGCUUCAAAGCUGCUUUAUUGAAUAAAAAUAUAUGAACAUUACAAAAUAUCACUGAGUCCAACAAUAUUGUUUCAGAGAUAUCUUUAGAAUACGGUACCACGCUAUGUUUGCUUCUUGAAGCAUUUUGAACCUCUAUCAUGAUUGUCUUUGUAUUUGGAAGACAAAAAAAUUGUGUAUCCUUCUCUGAUAGUGAUUCCAGAAAAAAUGGGGGAAAUUUGGCUACUGGGUUAGAUAGUUUGGAUUUCAGAAUGAAUCCACUCUUCAUAGUAAAUAAAUGAUUUCUUGACCUACUGUGGCAGAAUUUUUGUCAGCAUGUAAAGGUAUUUUCAUUUCAUAUGAAGGAAUUUUCUCUAAUCCGUUGCCUAGGUUUGUUUUUUGUAUUAGUAUUGUGAAAAAAAAGCUCCCACCUUUACUGAGAAUGUUUGAAUACAACAUAGAGCUAAUUAAGACUGGAAAAUGUAAUUUUGAAAAUUAUUAGGCUGUCAUAUUUAACAUCUUGGAUUUAUUUCUGUAAGUUUGUAGGCUGAGGCAGUAUCAAAGUGAACACUUCUAUAAUUUCAGGCACCAGAGACAUGCAGAAUUAUGGUUUAGUUAAAGGAAACAAAUACAUGAAUCCCACUAGAGCAAACUUAGUAGGAAUUCUGAAACAAUUUGCUGUGGGUGGUUUGCAAUGGUUAUUUAUUGUCCUGACCACUGAGGAAAUUCACACGUUGCAAAUUGAUAAGUAAUGAUGUUCAGAGAAAUCUUGGAAAAGUUUUGGCUAAGUGAACAUACGAAUUUAUUCUUCCCCCCAAGAUGCAAAGACCCACUACUAUUAAAGGGAGUUGCACAAACAAUCAAAAGAGUAAGACCCAUGGAGUUCUCUCAUAAUAGCUCUGUUAUAGAGAUAGAUGUGCUGUAAUUCAAAGUAUGCAGUGCUUAUUAAGCUAUUGGAAAUAAUAAGAAAUUUGCCCAUCUCCAGUAGUUUUUGUAUUAUGUUUUAAUUUUUACAUUAUUUCUUAAUUUCUGAGGCUGCAAGGCUUUUGAUUUUAUUUUGAUUUUGUGCUCUUUUUUUUUAGGUGGGUUGGUUUUGCUUUCCUAUAGAUCUAUUUUCUUACUGGAAUUUAUAUCAGGAAACAAGAUUCAACCAACAUCUAUGUUUCGGGAUAGUCACCACUUACAAAAUCAUUCUGAAUAUUUUUUCUGAAUAGAAUUUAGUCUUCAUCCCUUCCCUUCCUCAUUGCACACUCUUUUCAGGCCUGUAGGACCAUGUAAAUUUGGUUUACUAAUAACUGGUUUUUACUAUGAAAAGCACCAACAAUUAGUCUAGCAUGCCAGUUAUGCUACUGGGCUUGAAGUUACAAAUUAGUUCAAUGUACAACAAUUAACGCUUGUAGCAAUCCAAGAUAUUCUUUGGACAUAUAUUAAUUUUUCAAUGUUAAAUAUUUUAAGAGUAAAAUUGUAACUUUUUUUUCUCUAUAAGCAAAAUAUAUGUAACCUGAAUCGAUGUUUCACGUAGUGUUUGUCAAGAAAUUUUAUCAUAGUUAAGGCAUUUGGAUCUAAUUUUCCUCCUAUUAAGAAAACCUCUGCUGUGUCAGUGGGCCAUGCCCUUGGCAUGCCCAGCCCAGUGUGGGAUAUCAUUUGUUCCUGUCGUGCUGUAGAACUUCUCUUCAUCUGCGGUUGUAGAGGA